CUGAAUUUUGUGGUAUAAGAUUUAAGCUGAAAAACCAAUUGUAGAUGUAUUGUUACUGCUUUGUAAAAGACCUGACAUGUUGCUUACUUCCCAUGCUUAUUUUGCCAAUAUCUGAUUAUUCAUACAUACAGACACAUACAAUAUGUUCACGUAAUUUGAAUACAAAAUAUAUUGUUUUAACCCUUUCUUUAAUUUUGUUAAUUUAGGGAUUCUGACGCUUGUUCUGCAAUAUCCUCGAUAGGGUCAGGAAAACCUUCCAUGUAAGUUGAUCUCGGAUUUAUUUUUGUGUGAGUGAUAUAUCAUAAGAAGUUAUGUGCCAAUUUGUUUCUUUGUAAGCAGAUCAUGAUUGAUAGGCCUUUACUCAAAGCUAAUACUUUUAUAUGAAACUUGCACUUAUUAUCUACAUAGAUCUACAUGUAUUUGGAUGAAACAGGUAAAGUUAAGAUUUGCAUGACAUGGCAGUGUGAUUGGAAGUUUUAAAAUUGUGUGUCAUGCCUAACGUUGUAAUAAUUACUGUUGCAAGCUUUAUACCAGUACCCUAUUUUUUUUAGGUGACACAACAUUUGUUUCAGUGACUGAUAUAGGGUGAGGGUUGCAAUAGGGUUUUAUGUUAGGUUAAGAGUUAUACUUCGGGUUUGGUUCAGGAUGGAUAUACCGGUAGUGUUAAAGGUAAAUGCUUGUUGUGGUAACGAUAUCAAAAUGAGUUCGUACAGAAUCCAAUGAAAUGACCACCAAAGUGUCUGUUUGUAUAAAUAAAACGUACAUGCCAAAGGAUUCUGGAAGAAAUUGUGUAAUUGCUGAGAAAUCAGCAAAUAAGCACAGGAUUCGGGUAGAGCGUUGGGCCCGACAUUCGAAGCCAUAAUUAUAAACUACCCCAUGUGCGCUUAUCCGUGUUGGGGAUCUUCAGUCUGAACAUUUUUCAGCGUAAAUUUCAAGAUUUCACAAAGUUCAGUUAUGUAACUGUACCAGAUCUAGAUCCUCGAUAUCAUACUGACAAUUAAUCCUUGUUUUUCAGACUUUCUCAUGAAAUCAGUUUUUACUGCAACUACUGGAAUUUCUCUUUUUGAAUCUAGGGUUGCAGUUGGUCCUUUUAUUAAUUUGUGGAAUUUGCCACAGAGCAAUUGUUGUUUGAGCAAACAUCAUGUAACCAAAAGGGAUGGGACAUAGUUUGUAUUUAGAUGUUAACAUCAACAUUGGUUUUACAGAAAUACAUGUCAUUGUUACUAUAAAUAAACUAUUUUAGCUUGUUAAUAACCUUUGUUUAGAAAUGGUAUAUGCCUUUACAUUAAAAUAACAUGGUCUUACUAAUUUCAUGUUCUGCUAUCCACCUUUGUAGAUCAUCAAGUCACAGUAUACCAGCUGCAAGUGAUUCCGACAUGUUUGACAUCAGCGUUAGUUAUUAUGAGAAGGGGGACUUCGUCUACCCAAAAGAGGAUGUGCUGGAUGAAGAAUCCGAUUCUGACUAUGAGGACCCCGAGCUUACAUUGCGGCUUCAAAUUGGAGAGGAUUGUAAAGGACUGACAGAGGUUGGGGAAGAGGAGCAUGAGAUGGGGGAGGAGAUUGAGCUUGAGGAGACCCCACAGGAGGCACAGUUUACAAGGUCUGGUCUACACCAGAAGUCAACAGCCCAAGAAGCGGAAGACGCCAAAUUGUUCGUCAUCUCUGAAAAUAGGCUGUUAGAUACAGCUAGCAAAGCAAUAUCGAAGUGCACCCAGUGUGCAUCAAAUCAGCGUCCAUCCUAUGUCAUAUCUUCCAGUCACUAACAUUUAAGAUAGUGAAUCAACAAAAAUGUUAAAAUUGAGAAUUUCCAUGCAAUAACAUGGGGGGUGUUUCACAAAGAGUUACGCAUGACUUAAAGUCCUGCUUAAGUACCCAAAUCAUGUGUAAACCUAGGUCAUGCGUAAAGUUUUUGAUUUCUUAAGUUUGGUUUCACAAAGGUUAAGACAUGCGUAAACUGGGCAAAAUCAUGCUUAAAGAUACGCAUGGUCCAGUGUCAUGCGUAUCUUCACUAAGUCAUGCGUAGAGGAUGUCCAUGGUUACAAGCAGGAUCAUCAUGGCUGCCUUUGAUGUAGAGCUUCAGCAGCAGGCUGGGAGGGCUUUGAGGAGGGAGAGGGUGUUCCGGGACCGGACCAACCCGCUGGACCAGUACUCUGAUGUAGAGUUGCACAAAAGGUACCGGUUUAGUCGUCGAGGAUGUCUGCACUUGAUAGAUCUUCUGCAGGAGAGCCUGGAGCAUCCUACCAACAGGUUGAAGGCACUGCCUGCCUCCCUGCAGGUCUUCGUGGCCCUCUCUUUCUUCGCAACAG